UUUAACAGGAAGGAGAAAAGCUCACAACAGAACAUCGCUGUAACAUUCAGCUAUUUAGAAUUUUUUGUAAACAAACAAGAAUCAAAACAACAAUUGAAGACUAAGGAACACCGCCAGGAAAACACAGAUUUCUAAGUUCAGAUGAGUUUUCAAAAGUGAACCUUAGUCAAAAGAGUUAUCAGAAGUGAAAGUAAACCUUCAUAACAGAGAUAAGCUGUGAUAAAUGGCCUCUAAAACUUCUCUCUCCGAGGAUGAUUUCUCCUGUCCUGUGUGUCAUAACAUCUUCAAUGAUCCUGUGGUCCUGUUGUGUAGCCACAGCUUCUGUAAAACCUGUCUGGAGGAAUACUGGAAACAGAAGACAUCUUGGGAAUGUCCAGUCUGCAGAAAAAAAUCAUCACUGGAAUUCCCCCCCUGUAACUUGGUUUUAAAGAACCUGUGUGAGGCCUACUUACAGGAUAGAAGUCAGAGAGCUUCAUCAGUGCCUGAGGUGCUCUGCAGUCUGCACAGUGAGAAACUCAAGCUCUUCUGUCUGGAGGAUAAACAGCCCAUCUGUUUUGUGUGUCAAACUUCAAAAACGCAUAAAAGCCACGACUGCUGCCCAAUAGAUGAAGCUGUACUGGAUCAUAAGGAAGAACUCAAGACUGCACUGGAGCCCUUAAAAGAGAAGCUUAAGGUCUUUAGAGAAGUUAAACUGAGCUGUGAUCAAACAGCAGUACACAUCAAUAGCCAGGCCCAGGACACAGAGAAGCUGAUUAAGACGGGGUUUAAGACGUUUCAUCAGUUUCUAUAUCAAGAAGAGAGAGCCAGGAUAGCUGAACUGAAGGAGGAAGAGGAGCAGAAGAGUCAGAUGAUGAAGAAGAAGAUUGAGCUGAUGAGCAGAGAGAUAUCAUCACUUUCAGACACAAUCAGAACCAUAGAGGAAGAGCUGGGAGCUGAGGACAUCUCAUUCUUGCAGAACUACAAGGAUACAGUGAAAAGAGCCCAGUGUACACUGCCAGAUCCAGAGAGGGUUUCAGGAGCACUGAUAGACGUGGCAAAGCACCUGGGAAACCUGCAGUUCAGAGUCUGGAAGAAGAUGCAGGGAGUAGUUCACUACACUCCAGUGACUCUGGACCCCAACACUGCCCACUCAGAUCUCAUCCUGUCUAAUGAUCUGACCAGUGUGAGAUACAGUGAUGAGGAACAGCAGCUUCCUGACAACCCAGAGAGGUUUGAUAGCCAUAGAAUGGUCCUGGGCUAUGAGGGUUUUAACUCAGGAACACACAGCUGGGACAUUGAUGUUAGGAAGAAUAAAGGCUGGGACCUGGGUGUGACCACAGAGUCUGUCCAGAGGAAGGAACACAGUGGGUAUUGGCAUAGAUCCUGGGGUGUGUUGUUUGGUGGUGGUGAUUAUAACACACAUGUACCAAAUAAGCCAUCCACUCCCCUCACAGUGAGACAGAACCCCCAGAGGAUCAGAGUGCAGCUAGACUGGGAAGGAGGAAAGCUGUCAUUCUCUGACCCUGUCAAUAACACACAUCUACACACAUUCACACACACUUUCACUGAGAGAGUCUUUCCAUACAUCAGGAAUCUCUGUUUUCUCCACCCUCUGAGAGUGUUACCAGGUAAGGUGACUGUAUCAGUGGAUACUGUCUCUGUCUGAAUCAGGGACUAACAUGAUGUAAAUGAGUCAGUAACACCCAUUGAUGUCCUUCAUUACGAUUCUCACAGAGGGAGGACACACUGUGAUGGAGACUAUCAUUGUCUGACUCACCUGUUACUAUUAUAGAAUGAAUAUGUAACCUGUUACUACUUUAGAAUGAAUAUGUAAUCUGUUACUACUUUAGAAUGAAUAUGUAAUCUGUUACUAUUAUAGAAUGAAUAUGUAAUCAGUUACUACUUUAGAAUGAAUAUGUAAUCUGUUACUAUUAUAGAAUGAAUAUGUAAUCUGUUCUUUGUUGGUUUUAUUUUUACCACAUUUACAUUUUGUCUGGUUGUUUUAACCCCUGCAGUAUGUAUCCCAAUAAACUUGGGCUGCCUGAAUGGCAUUUGGCGUAUAGUGUUGUGGCCUUGGACCGUGCCUCUGUUAGCUAGCUUGUAGACAAUGACACUGUUAAUGUAUGUCUAUAGAGUGCAACACAUUUUCAACCAAUAAACAUGUUUUAAUUA